AUGCCACCAUUAUUUACGGAAAACUUCAAGGAUGAUUGUCCUUUACCACCCAAAGAACAGGGAAAUCCAGAUCGUCGUCAACCACUAUAUAUUGGGGAUUGGAAAAAAUCUAUUCCAUACGUCGAUGAAGAUAUUGCAACUGAUAAUCUAGAUGAACCUCAUAUGAAACGAAAAGUCACAAUUCUGAAAAAGCAUCCAGACAUAGAGAAAUUAUAUGGAUAUGAUGUUUCCACCGUCCCAAUCGUAAUCGUAGCAGCAGCGGCACAAAUUGUGGCAUCGUAUGUUUUUGGACGAAUUCUUACCGACUGGAAUUGGACUAUGCUUAUUUAUUGUUACUUUGUUGGAGCAUCUUUAACACAACUUUAUGGAGUAAUAAUUCAUGAGGCGACACAUAGUCUUGCAGCACCAACCAGAUUUCAAAACAGGAUUGUGGGAUUAAUAGCGAAUAUAGCCUUACCAUUUCCGAUUGCCAUGUCCUUUCGUCGAUAUCAUUUAGAACAUCACACGUUUCAAGGAGUUGUAGGUAUGGAUCCUGAUUUACCAAUGGAAUGGGAAUGGAAAAUGAUUCGUGGGGUGAUUAUGCAAAAAAGUCCACAAUUUUGGGAAUAUGUUAAUUGGGUUUUUACUAUCACUACCAAUAUUUUGGUUUAUUAUUUUUGUGGUCUUAGAGGAUUUCUUUAUUUGGUUUUAUCAUUAUGGUUGGGAUAUGGUUUACAUCCAGCAGCUGCACAUUUUAUUCAAGAACAUUAUACAUUUGAUGAUGGUCAGGAAACUUAUUCAUAUUAUGGAAUAUUGAAUUAUUUUUUCAUGAAUAUCGGUUAUCAUAAUGAACAUCACGAUUUUACCAAGGUACCAUGGUCAAAACUUCCAGAAGUACGUAGAAUCGCAUCAGAAUAUUAUGAUAGUCUCGCUUAUCACACAUCAUGGGUUAUGGUUCAAUGGAAUUUUGUCACCAAGAAACAAUUCGGACCACAAAGUCGUGUCGGUAGAAGUGUUGAUGAUCAUAAGAAAGGACGUAAAAUGUUAGGGAAAUUGAAAAAGGAAUUGUUGGACGAAUGA